ACCCUGUAAAACCUAACGUGAACAGAAGAAAACAAUAUCGCUCAGGAGUGAGGAAGCUAGCAGCAACACCCAUUCUCCCGGCAGAACUGUGUCGGCGUUAAUUGAUUUGAGUGAAUAAACACUUCCUCCUGUGAAGAUGUCUAAAAGACACCGGCUGGAUUUGGGUGAUGACUACUCGACCAGUAAGAAGAGGUCUGAGGGGAGAGAUCGGGACCGAGACAGAGACCGGGAGGACCGCUCCAGGGACAGGGACAGAGAUAGGGAUCGGGACCGGGACAGAGACCGGGACAGAGACCCGAAACCCGCUAGUGCGCCAACUAACAUCCCGGCAGCUGUGCCAGGCAUACUACCGCUUAAGCAGAUGUUGGUGCAGCAGCAGAUCAAUCCGUUCACCAACCUGCCGCACACACCACGUUACUAUGAGAUCCUGAAGAAGAGGUUGCAGCUUCCAGUGUGGGAGUACAAGGAAAGCUUCAGCGAUAUCAUCACACGCCAUCAGAGCUUUGUCCUUGUUGGAGAGACUGGCUCUGGGAAGACGACACAGAUCCCACAAUGGUGCGUGGACAUGGUGAGAGGCUUGCCUGGUCCGAAGCGAGCGGUGGCCUGUACUCAGCCCAGAAGAGUGGCUGCCAUGAGUGUGGCUCAGAGGGUGGCAGAUGAAAUGGACGUCAUGCUCGGACAGGAAGUCGGUUACUCUAUUCGAUUUGAGGACUGUAGCUCUGCAAAGACCAUACUAAAGUACAUGACAGACGGUAUGUUGCUAAGAGAGGCUAUGAAUGACCCGCUGCUGGAGCGUUACGGUGUGAUCAUUCUGGAUGAAGCCCACGAGCGAACUCUGGCCACAGACAUCCUGAUGGGAGUACUCAAGGAGGUGGUGCGUCAAAGACCAGACCUAAAGGUGAUCGUCAUGAGUGCCACUCUCGAUGCUGGGAAGUUCCAAGUUUACUUUGACAACUGCCCCCUGCUGACGAUUCCUGGCCGUACACACCCCGUGGAGAUCUUCUACACCCCGGAGCCUGAGCGGGAUUACCUCGAGGCAGCGAUCCGCACUGUCAUCCAGAUUCAUAUGUGCGAGGAAGAUGAAGGUGACUGCCUGCUCUUCCUCACUGGUCAAGAGGAAAUUGACGAGGCCUGCAAACGAAUCAAGCGUGAGGUUGAUGACCUUGGCCCUGAAGUUGGGGACAUCAAAAUCAUUCCACUGUAUUCAACGCUGCCUCCACAGCAGCAGCAAAGGAUCUUUGAGCCUCCUCCUCCACGGAAGCCCAAUGGCGCAAUAGGAAGAAAGGUCGUGGUGUCAACAAACAUUGCGGAAACUUCUCUAACAAUUGAUGGCGUGGUGUUCGUCAUUGAUCCUGGAUUCGCCAAACAGAAGGUGUACAAUCCUCGUAUCAGAGUGGAGUCUUUGCUCGUCACAGCCAUCAGUAAAGCUUCUGCCCAGCAGAGGGCGGGACGAGCCGGCAGAACACGUCCAGGAAAAUGUUUCCGUCUCUACACAGAGAAGGCCUACAAAACAGAGAUGCAGGACAACACGUACCCUGAGAUUCUUCGAUCCAACUUGGGCUCUGUUGUGUUGCAGCUGAAAAAGCUUGGCAUUGAUGACCUGGUGCACUUUGACUUCAUGGAUCCACCAGCUCCUGAAACCCUGAUGAGAGCCCUGGAACUGCUGAAUUACCUCGCAGCUCUCAACGAUGACGGUGACCUGACGGAACUGGGAUCCAUGAUGGCCGAGUUUCCCCUGGAUCCCCAGCUGGCUAAGAUGGUCAUUGCCAGCUGCGAGUUUAACUGCUCUAAUGAGAUCCUUUCCAUUACUGCCAUGCUGUCAGUCCCACAGUGUUUUGUCCGCCCCACGGAGGCUAAGAAGGCAGCUGACGAGUCCAAGAUGAGGUUUGCUCACAUCGACGGAGACCACUUGACGCUGCUCAACGUUUAUCACGCCUUCAAACAAAACCAUGAGUCGAACCAGUGGUGUUAUGACAACUUCGUCAACUACCGUUCACUGAUGUCUGCUGACAACGUGCGGCAGCAGCUGUCCAGGAUCAUGGACCGCUUCAACCUUCCCCGUCGGAGCACAGAGUUCACCAGCAGAGAUUAUUACAUCAACAUUCGCCGGGCGCUCUGCACCGGCUUCUUCAUGCAGGUGGCUCAUUUGGAGCGCACAGGUCAUUACCUCACAGUGAAAGACAACCAAGUCGUCCAACUGCACCCAUCUACAGUCCUGGACCACAAGCCUGAGUGGGUGCUCUAUAACGAAUUUGUCCUCACCACCAAGAACUACAUCCGCACUUGCACAGACAUCAAGCCAGAAUGGCUGGUGAAGAUUGCCCCGCAGUACUAUGAAAUGAGUAACUUCCCACAAUGUGAAGCUAAACGACAGCUGGAGCGAAUCGUUGCCAAACUAGAGAGUAAAGAGUACUCCCAGUACUGAAAAACAGAAGUAUCCUGAAAAACGCCUGCAUACUAUAGUUUUAGAUCAUUCUGUUUCAUUGUAUCUUAAUGUUUAAAAUUUGGCGUUUUGAUUUUUAUAUUUUGUUUGUUUUUUUUCCCCAUCAAAGUUUAUUCUCUAAGUGUAAUGUCAGAUAAAAUAUCAGCGGCAAGUAUUGGACCUGGCUUUGAAGAUUUUCAAAAGGAAUAUCAGAAACAUGUCAUUUAGAUGUGGUGGACUUUCCUUUAGUGGAUUGUUGAGUCAUUAAAAACUGAUUUGUGCUUGCUUUGUUUCUUUAAUAAAGGAGCUUUGACUUAAUUUCUCUGUACAUAUUAGUAAAACAUGUUAAUUGCAAAAGUUGUGUAGUUUGUAGUGCAGUUCUUUGCUUUUGUGUUGAUGCUAAUUUGGUCAAGAAAAUAAACACUUGUUUCCUA